CACCGACUAAUCAAAAUGAACUCGACCUCUGCAACUAAGCCUCAAAAACUCCAUAUAGGUUUGUUCCCAUGGCUUGCCUUCGGUCACAUGAUCCCAUUUCUUGAGGUGGCCAAGCACAUAGCUCGCAGAGGCCACAAGGUUUCUUUCAUUUCCACACCUAGAAACAUCCAGCGCCUCUCGAAAAUCCCACAAAACCUAACCCCUCUCAUCACUCUCGUCCAAAUCCCUCUCCCUCGCGUCGAAAACCUCCCCGAAUAUGCAGAGGCCACCAUGGACGUCCCCAUCGACGUUAUCCCAUACCUCAAAAUAGCUCAUGAUGGACUCGAAAAUGGUAUCUCUGAAUUUCUUCAAACACACGCUCCCGAUUGGAUCAUUUAUGACUUUGCACCAUACUGGUUACCUCCAAUAGCUAUCAAACUCGGCAUCAAACGAGCCAUUUUCUGUACCUUCAAUGCGUCCACCAUGUGUUUCUUAGGAUCAACAGCACCGGAGGUAACGUCCCGCUAUGCUCCUAGAACAAAGCCAGAACAAUACACUGUCCCUCCCGAAUGGUUUCCUUUUCCAUCCAAACUAUGUUUUAAGCCUUUCGAGGCCAAGAGAGUGGUGGAUGGUCUUAUGACACCAAAUGCUUCUGGCAUGACUGAUUGGUUUCGCGUGGAAUCAACUUACCAAGGUUGUCAGGUCUACUUCAUUCGGAGUUGUAGAGAGAUCGAAGGAGAGUGGCUCGAUUUACUUCAAGACCUUAACCAGAAACCUGUAGUUCCCACGGGUUUAUUACCACCACCGGUGCAAACGAGUGAUGAAGACCAACAUGACAACAGCUGGUCUAGAAUUGCCGAGUGGUUGGACAAACAAAAGAAAGGGGAAGUAGUUUAUGUUGCAUUUGGGAGUGAGAUUAAUUUAAGCCAAGAAGAGUUCAAUGAGCUAGCUCUUGGAUUAGAGCUAUGUGGGUUGCCCUUCUUUUGGGUGCUAAGGAAACCGAGUCAUAGGUCCGGAGAUGGUGACACAGUUAAGUUACCAGAUGGGUUCGAGGACCGAACCAAUGGUCGUGGGCUUGUUUGGACCACUUGGGCUCCUCAGCAGAAAAUUUUAGCCCACGAGUCGGUCGGAGGUUUCUUGAGUCAUUGCGGUUGGAGUUCUCUGAUUGAAGCACUCCAAUAUGGGCGUCCUCUGAUCAUGCUGCCGUUUAUGUAUGAUCAAGGACUAAUUGCUAGGUUAUGGAACAAGAAGACUGGGAUCGAGGUCUCCAGAGACGAAGAGAGUGGAUGGUUUACAAGGGACGAGUUGGCGAGGUCUGUGAAUUUGGUUGUGGUGCAUGAGGAGGGGAAGCCAUACAGGGAUGGAGCUAAAGAAUAUAGAGAGUUAUUUAGAGACAAGGAACUCCAUGAUAGAUACAUGGACGAAUGUGUCGAGUACUUGGAAAGUUACUCCCACCAUAAGCCAAAUUACAAUUCUUAA